AUGCACAUUCUUACAAGAGCAGAAGAAGAAGUACUUUUCAAGACCCUCAAGGCUAACGCCCUCAAGGAAUGCGACCCAAUCGUCAAAGAAUUCGUUGAAUGCACACACGGAAAGCUGGUCACAGUUCUCUGGGGCUGCAGGGCACAACAUAAGGCUAUGAACAAGUGUCUGAUGGCAUUGACGACACAAGCAGAUAUGGACAAGCUGAAGAUCCAGUACUUGAACGAUUUGGCAGAGGGCAAGGUCGACCACGCUCAAUUGCAGAGGGAACAGAAGUUGAAGGAAGAGGAGAACAAGAAGAAGAGCAAGAGCAACAGUCCUGGAGUCCACUAG